AUGGCUACCAACGGUACCAACGGCGUCCACGCCGAUCCUAGUUCAUGGAAGCAUUACAAUGAGGGCUCGUUCCUCUUCACCAGUGAGUCGGUCGGUGAGGGUCACCCCGACAAGAUCGCCGAUCAAGUUUCCGACGCUAUCCUCGAUGCCUGCCUUCGCGAGGACCCUCUCUCCAAGGUUGCUUGCGAGACUGCCACCAAGACUGGUAUGAUCAUGGUCUUUGGUGAGAUCACCACCCAGGCCAAGCUCGACUACCAGAAGGUUGUCCGUGACGCCAUCAAGGACAUCGGUUACGAUGACUCCGCCAAGGGUUUUGACUACAAGACCUGCAACUUGCUCGUUGCCAUCGAGCAGCAGUCCCCUGACAUUGCCCAGGGUCUCCACUACGAGAAGGCUCUUGAGCAGCUCGGUGCCGGUGAUCAGGGUAUCAUGUUCGGAUAUGCCACCGACGAGACCCCUGAGCUUUUCCCCCUUACUCUUCUCUUCGCCCACAAGCUCAACGCUGCCAUGUCCGCCGCUCGUCGUGACGGCACCCUCCCCUGGCUGCGACCGGACACCAAGACUCAGGUCACCAUCGAGUACAAGCACGAUAACGGUGCCGUUGUCCCUCAGCGUGUCCACACCGUCGUCGUCUCUGCUCAGCACUCUCCUGAUAUCACCACCGAGGAGCUCCGAAAGGAGAUCAAGGAGAAGAUCAUCCAGAAGGUCAUCCCCGCCAAGUACCUCAGCGAUGAGACCAUCUACCACAUCCAGCCCUCUGGCCUCUUCAUCAUUGGUGGUCCCCAGGGUGAUGCCGGUCUGACCGGCCGAAAGAUCAUUGUCGACACCUACGGUGGUUGGGGUGCCCACGGUGGUGGUGCCUUCUCCGGCAAGGAUUUCUCCAAGGUCGACCGAUCCGCUGCCUACGUUGGUCGAUGGAUCGCCAAGUCCCUGGUCGCCGCUGGCCUCUGCCGACGUGCUCUCGUCCAGCUCUCUUAUGCCAUCGGUGUCGCUGAGCCUCUUUCCAUCUACGUCGACUCCUACGGCACCUCCGAAAAGACCUCUGAGGAGCUCGUUGAGAUCAUCCGCAAGAACUUCGACCUCCGACCUGGUGUCAUUGUUCGUGAGCUCAACCUGGAUCAGCCCAUCUACCUCCAGACUGCCAAGAACGGUCACUUCGGUACCAACCAGGGUUUCAGCUGGGAGAAGCCCAAGGCUCUUAACUUCUAA